CUUGGGAGGGAAACUGGAGGAGGCAAGAGGUGGUGAUCCCAGAAAAGGCGCAGGAUGGCCUCGCUUCAGACGCUGGCCUCGGUGCUGGUGGUGGCUCUGGGCCUGUGUAAGUGUCAGGUAUCAGCUGUGGAGGUGUACACACCAGGGGAACUCACUGUGAUAAAUGGGAGAGAGGCAAAGCUCGAGUGCAUAUUCACAUCCACUGAAGUGAUCAGCAGUGCAGCUUCUGUGACCUGGAGCUUUCAAGCACAAGGAGCACCUUCUGCUUCGUCGUUCUUUUAUUAUUCUAAUGGAAAGGCAUAUACUGCGAAGGAUGUGUCAUUUAUGGACAGAAUCAGCUGGGCAGGAGACUUGUACAAGAAAGAUGCAUCUAUCAAAAUUGCAAAUAUCCGGUUUCGGGACAACGGCACUUAUAUCUGUGAUGUCAAGAACCCUCCAGACACUGUUGUUACAACAGGAAAAAUCAGGCUCAGAGUGGUAGAGAGAGAUUGUGACUCUUCCACUCGAAGCAUCAUCUGCUUAGCCAUAGGAGCUGUGAUUCUUGUCCUCCUUGUGUUCAUUGUCAUUACAGAUCAUCUCUUCUGGAAGGAACAAAGAUGCAAGAUGCUGAAACCUCUGGCAAACAUGGAAAACAAUCAAAGAUUUCCUAGUGACCACUCCAGGACAACACGGUUAUCGUAUGAAAAUGUACACCUGUGAACUGCUUUGAAGAAGAAGAAGAUGAAGAAGAUAUUGGAUUUAUAUCCCGCCCUCCACUCCGAAGAGUCUCAGAGCGGCUCACAAUCUCCUUUACCUUCCUCCCCCACAACAGUCACCCUGUGAGGUGGGUGGGGCUGGAGAGGGCUCUCACAGCAGCUGCCCUUUCAAGGACAACUUCUGCCAGAGCUAUGGCUGACCAAAGGCCAUUCCAGCAGGUGCAAGUGGAGGAGUGGGGAAUCAAACCCGGUUCUCCCAGAUAAGAAUCCGCACACUUAACCACUACACCAAACCGGCUCUGGUCAAUCCCAACCACAUCAGAAGCAUCUUUUUAAAGGUAUCCCAAAUCAGCAGCAUCCUCCUUCUACAUUAUCUACCAACCACUAAUAUAAAGAUGUCUUCCUCUCAUUUCCCUCCAAAGGAUGUCAGAGAAUUUUUGCUGUGCAAUCCAACAAGUCCGUGAAUGUCCAAGUGCUUCAUCUUGAUGCUAAAAGCAGCUUUCAACUCCUACCAUUUAAUUUAAUUGUCCAGGCACAUUAUGGAGGGGAAAAUUUGGACUUGCAAGAACCCCAGACUUCUGCACUCUCCACUUCUGUAAACUGAUUGAAGAAGAAGAAGAAGAUAUUGGAUUUAUAUCCCGCCCUCCACUCCGAAGAGUCUCAGAGCGGCUCACAAUCUCCUUUACCUUCCUCCCCCACAACAGACACCCUGUGAGGUGGGUGGGGCUGGAGAGGGCUCUCACAGCAGCUGCCCUUUCAAGGACAACCUCUGCCAGAGCUAUGGCUGACCCAAGGCCAUGCUAGCAGGUGCAAGUGGAGGAGUGGGGAAUCAAACCCGGUUCUCCCAGAUAAGAGUCCGCACACUUAACCACUACACCAAACUGGCUCUCCACACCAAACUGGGUCUUUUUUGAAUAAAAAGCAACAAAUGUCAUUUAAAUAGGUUCUGAAAAUGUACUUUGUUGGAAUCUUUUUGCUGUAAGACUGAUAUCUUGUCCAUUAAUAUGACUUGGCAGAUUUUAUGCAACCAGACUGUUAUUUCCAAUACUGUGCAAAAAAACCCAUGGUUAUUACAGUUAAAUAUCUCAAAAGGUGUAUUUGUCCUUUAGAUAUGUCAGUGGUACAAUAACCUAAUAAAUACACCAUACUCCA